AUGAGCGAUGUUCCAAAUGAUUUGUUGCGAACCAAAGGUGUGGCUGAUGAACAACUAGCACUGAAUGAGGGUGCACGGGGCCGUAAUAUGGGGGACUUAGAAGAUGAUAGAGACCAUGAUGGUAUUCGAGGGCAUCCUAGAAAACGGGUGCGAUCUGUCUCUCCAGCGUACUCAGAACACUCCGUUUCUACAAUCUCAACAAACCGCUCUUGGUCCCGAUCUCCACAGCGAAAACGAGCUACCUCGCCCUCCCGUUCUAGAUCAAACGAACGCAGAAGCACGAGAAACAGAAAUGUUUCACGAGACUCACAUAUUUCUUCUUAUUCUUUUGAAAGAAACGCAAGCACAUUAAAAGGGAAAGAACGGGAUUCAAGGCGAAGAAGGAGAUCACGGAGCCCAGUUGAACGAGGGCGACAGUAUGACUCAGGCAGACGCGGCAGUUGGAGAAACAGAUCGCGAAGCCAGAGUAUGGAUAGAAGCUCAAUUGCAAAGCACCGGCGAUCAUUAACUCCUUACUCUCCCGAACGAAGCGGUCGGCAUACAGAGUCUGGUCGCGCCCGGCGCCAACGCACCCCCAAGGAAUCCCAGAAUAUUUCACGGAGUCCUUCAAGGGAACGGGGUUACCAACCUCCUUAUGAUAGGGGUAGAGGAAUACCCCAAAAGCCACCACCGCGCAAGGAACGAAGCUUAAGCCCCUUCAGCAAACGCUUGGCGUUAACUCAGGCGAUGAAUAUGAUGAAUAGGUAA